AUGGGUAACGGUAAACCAAGAGGUCUUAACUCGGCUAGAAAGUUGAGGGUUCACAGACGUAACAACAGAUGGGCUGACCAGGCUUACAAGUCGAGAUUGUUGGGUACCGCCUUCAAGUCUUCUCCAUUCGGUGGCUCUUCUCACGCCAAGGGUAUUGUGUUGGAAAAGAUUGGUGUUGAGUCCAAGCAGCCAAACUCCGCUAUCAGAAAGUGUGUCAGAGUUCAAUUGAUCAAGAACGGUAAGAAGGUCACCGCUUUCGUGCCAAAUGACGGUUGUUUGAACUUCGUCGAUGAGAACGACGAGGUCUUGUUGGCCGGUUUCGGUAGAAGAGGUAAGGCUAAGGGUGAUAUUCCCGGUGUCAGAUUCAAGGUUGUCAAGGUUUCCGGUGUCUCCUUGUUGGCCUUGUGGAAGGAGAAGAAGGAGAAGCCAAGAUCGUAA